AUGUUACAGCAGACGCUCGAGCAAGCCAUACUGGAGGUGCCCGACCUCCAUGCGCGCUCGAGGCUCCAGGCACAGCUACAACAGGUCGUUGACUCAAUGCCCGCCGCGACACCCGCGGCCGAUGACGAGAGGCAGAACAUGUCGCCCGCCGCGUCAAGCUCUACCUUGGGCUCGUCCCCGCAAAGCAGCACGUACCAGCAGCACCGAAGCCAUCAGCCGAGGAAGACUACUGGCGAUACCGAUGCGGCACCCACCGAAGGGUCUUUCCUCCAGGACCACGAUGGGACCAAACGCUGGCUUGGUGGAACCUCAGGCGCCACGUUCCUGGACCAUCUCAAGAACUUUAUGCACACACUGAGAACUGCCCUUGGUUACAACGAAACGCCUACCGAGACAGCCCCCGGGUCCUCAUUCCUGGCCUCUCGUGGGCAGUAUCAGACAUCGGACUCACGUCUGCUCAACAUGCCCGCACUCAACAACACCAGCGCAGUCGCCCAGAUCAGCGACGAGCAAGCUGAGCACCUCUUCUCCCAAGUAAACAAAUACAUGCAGAAUUUCAUGGGUCAGUGGCCGUGCGGAGGCAUCUACUACUUCGGUGACUUCUCGUUGCAGGGUUGGAAGAGUGCACAGGGUCGGGAGCUGGCGGUUUACCAUGCUGCCUUCGCUCUGGGAACAAUCUUCUCUCUAACGACUGCCAACUCUAGGCAAGAUGGGCAGUUGGGGGAAAUGUUCCUCGCAACAGCUCGCAAGAUCCUUGGGGACCCUUGGGACAUCUCGCGCUAUAGCAUUCGAGACGUCCCCGCCCUAGGUCUCAUGGCCAUGUACAUGGCGGAAGUCAAUCGAAGGGACAACUCCUACAAUUACUUGUCCCAUGCUAUGAGCAUAUGCUGCAUGUGCGGUGGGCUGAAAGGCCUCUCGUGGGACGAAAAAGAUAUCCGUAUAGUAUGGACUCUCUUCUGCCUGACGAGAGACGCAGGUUGCCUUAUGGGACGGCCGCCUGUGUACCCGGACGAAGCUUUCCAGCUCCGUGUUCCCAAGGAUGUGCAGGGCUUGCCUCCUCCAGAGGGCCUGAUGGCUCAUGUACAGCUGUCUAAAAUCGCCGGCUACAUCGUCUCGAACACAUAUUCCGUUGCACCGACCGUCGACGCCGACCAAGACCUGAGGGCUCAAGUCCAGGAGCCCCUGAAUAUGCUGGAAAACUGGCGCAAAAGGCUUCCACCAGCGCUUCAAAUGCCCUUGGAUCUUCAAGCAGAGUCUCCUUUCGAUACCAACUACGACGAUGCCAAUGCAAUGUAUGCAGAUCGAGCAUUGUGCACAUUACACAUGAAGUGCCACCAGCUGAUGAUCCUCACACUCCGCCCGCUCUUCUUCCUCGCCGUGAAAUCCUACAUCGGUGGGGACCUAAUCAAGGUGCCGCGUGACAUCUAUGAUCACGAGCACAUCACCUUCCUCUUGGAGUGCGCCAAUGCUGCACGACGUAAUCUGCGGCUAGGGCGGCAUAUCUUGAUGCGGUGCAACCGAGGGGGCACAACACCCGGCAAGCCGAUCAUGAUGGACCUCCAUCAUAUCUUCAACGCCGCGGUGAUCAUGCUUUUGUAUCAGAUGGUCUUCACAUCAUUUCAUUCAUCGGACGCAUAUGCGCUGCGUUUCGCAAGGAAGACCUUCGAAAGAGAGGCGCAGACGGAGUGUCUGUCCAACAACGGCAGGACUGGCGGUAUGGGGAUCGCAUCCGGCCCGACAGGCUAUGCCUCAGACUGCCUCGGUGUCCUCAACGAUCUUACAGAGCUCGUGGAGCGGAUACGGCCCCUGCGGUUCAAGGAGCAAGCCGGCACGAACGAGGAUGAGAUGGAGUGGACCGCUGGUGGGAUGAGCCUCGGCGGCAGUGAGACUGUCGGGGCUGGCGCUGGCCAUAUCAUGAGCGACGAGGUUCUCGAGGCAAACCUUGCCAUGCCAUUUGACAUCGAAGGCCUCUACAGCCCCUUGGUCUUUCCCGGUAUGCCUCCCGAGAGCCAUACCCACGGGAAGGAGCUUCAGAUGUGGAUGGAUGGGGAGAGUAUGAUUUACACGGCGUUGGAUGUCUGGCAUGUGACAUGA